AUGGAAUUAUUCAACUGGUUCAAAAUGUUUGUUGGGUAUGAAGACAAGCCACAAAACAUUGAAAAUAUUACUUUUAAGAAGCAUCACUUAGAACUUUCGUUGUGUAAAGCAUAUGGUCCAUCUUACAGACAAUUACCAAAGGCAGAAACCUAUAUGCCAUGUUCUGGUAGAGAUGAAAUGUGCUGGGAGGUUUUGAAUGACGAAUGGGUUGGCCAUCCAACUUGGGCUUCUGAAGACUCUGGUUUCAUUGCCCAUCGUAAAAACCAAUACGAAGAAAUUUUGUUCAAGAUUGAAGAAGAAAGAUUGGAAUUUGAUUACUACAUGGAGUCCAAUUUACGUACUAUACAGAUCUUGGAAACCAUUGCCAAUAGAAUUGCCAACAUGACUCCUGAACAGAAGGCUAACUUCAAAUUGCCACCAGGUUUGGGCCACAAUUCUAUGACUAUUUACAAGAAGGUGAUCAGAAAAAUCUAUGACAAAGACCGUGGGUUUGAAGUUAUUGAUGCUUUACAUGACAAUCCAGCUAUUGCUGUCCCAAUUGUUUUAAAGAGAUUGAAACAAAAAGAUGAAGAAUGGAAACGUGCUCAAAGAGAAUGGAACAAAGUUUGGAGAGAAAUGGAACAAAAAGUAUUCUAUAAAUCCUUGGACCAUGUUGGUUUAACAUUCAAACAAGCCGAUAAGAAAUUGUUGACGGUCAAACAAUUGAUCAGUGAAAUCAGUACUGUUAAGGUUGAACAGCAAAACAAAAGAUUGCACCCAUUGACUCCAAAGCCUCAAGAACAAUUGAAUUAUGUUUUUAGUGAUAAUGAAAUUUUGUUUGAUAUUUUAAGAUUGGGUGACAUUUUUGUUAACAAGUCAUCUACUUACUCAGCUCAUGACAGAGAAAGAUUAUUGCAAUUUUUCCAAUUCUUUAUUUCCUUGUUUUUUAGUAUACCAAAGGAAGCUGUUGAAGCAGCUUUAUUGGCGAGAGGCAAAUCUGAAAAGCACGACAGCAGUGUAAUUGAUGAAGAACAUAGUGAUUCAGAACAAACUGGAAACAAUGGAUCCGAUUCAUCCAAGAAGAGAUCCAGAGAUACUGAUCUUCUUAAAGAUGUUUUGAAGAAACAGUCUAAAUCCAAAAAGGAAGACCGUCCUGGUUCCCCUGGUCCACAAUCUGCCGAGUCAGCUAUUCAAGAAGCCAAUGAAGAACUUGAGAAAUCAAGUGAAUUGUGGAUAAAAACUGCAAACACCAAAUUCUUGUUUGAUGAUGAAAACACCCAGAAAAGACGUGAUAAAUACAACUUCUUCUGUAAUACUACCAUUUACGUGUUUUUCCGUCACUUGAGAACGUUAUAUGAAAGAUUAGAAGAAAUAAAGUUGAUGAAUGAGAAAGUCGGCGAAGAAAUAAGAAACCGUAAACUCCCACAAUUUGCUAAAGAUUUGAACUUGGUUUCUCAUCAAUUGGAAGAUAUGGGCAUUGAGAUUGUUGGCUCUAAAGAUUGUUACAAACAAGUUUUGGAUUUAUCUGCCAAGUUGAUUGAAGGUGAUAUUGAACAUCAAUGGUUUGAAGAAACAUUACGUCAAGGUUACAGAAACAAAGCAUAUAAGAUUUACACUGUUGAUAAGGUUGUUCAAGCUAUGAUUAAGCAUAUGCAUACCAUGAUCUCAGAUACCAAGACCUCAGAAAUGAUGGUGUUGUUUGAAAAUGAUAGAUUGAAACCUGUUUCCAGUGCUAAGGAACAAAUCUUAUACCGUAUACUGGUUAGAUCUUUGAUGUCAGCCGAUGAGAAUAUGUUCAAGAUUGCUUACAAUGAAAGUAAUCACAAGGUUAAUAUUCAAUUCAUUAGUCUAGAUGAUUUGACAAUCAGCGAUCAUGAGAAUGCUGAAGAAAAAUAUAACUAUUAUGUUACCAGUUAUGUGAUGUCUCAUCCAACAGAAGGCGUGCCUGCUUCUAAAUUGAACAUGCCAUUUUCAAGAACAUUUAUUGAAGCUGUGGAAGAAGAUUCAGUUGAAGGCCGUACAGGAUCUGGUCUUAAAGUGUCUGUUUGCGAGAAUUCAUAUAGAUUAUUUUUUGAAAACGGAUCUCAUGAUGAGUUUGUUUCCAAUUCAGUUUAUAAAAAACAAGAUGAAAAUUUCAAGAGAGGUGAUAAAUUAGAACAUCUUAGGAAAUUAGUUGAAAGUGAAGAUUAUGGUUGGAAAUCAACUAUAACUGAAGAUGAAGAAAGUGGAUCAAAAGCACCAGUUUCUGAAGAAGGUAUUGAGAUUUUACUUGAAAAAGGAGCUGAUGAAUUCAGACAAUAUGAAGAAGGAUUAAAAAAUAAAGUAGAUGAAAAGGAAGUCACUGAAAUUGAAACUGUCACUGAAGUUUUUCUGACCACUGAACAAUCAAAACCAAGUGAAGAACAACCGAUUGAAUCAACAACUCAAGAACAACCAAAAGUUGCUGAUGAAGAUGUUGAAAUGAAAGAUGUUAAAAAUGAGAAGCAAGACGAGGAACAACAACAACAACAACAACAUAAUCAACAAGUAGAAGAAGAUAAAAAACCAGAUGAAAGUGUUGUUCAAGACGGUAAUGAUACUACCAUUCCACAUGAAGCAAAUGAUACUACUUCUGAAGAUGUUCAAAUACAAGAAUCAACAAUUGCAACUAUUGAACCAGAAAAACAAUCUUCAACUGAAGAAAAUAAAUAA